CCCAGUGAUUGUGACGGAUUGGCCGCAUGACACACGGACACAGACACACAUUUGUGGACGCGCGGCGAGGGGAGGCUGCCCACGGCUGGGGAGGGACCAGACAACGGCGGGCUGCGGCUAUAAAACCUUGCCAUGAUGAGGCCAGCGUCCUGCCCUGAGCUGGACAGUACCCACUUCCUUUCUGCCUGUAGGACACCGCCAAGACAGGCAGCAGACCAGCCUCCAACAUGAACGACAUCUACAAGGCAGCGGUGGAGCAGCUGACGGAGGAACAGAAAAAUGAGUUCAAGGCCGCGUUUGACAUUUUUGUCCAAGAUGCAGAAGAUGGCUGCAUUAGCACCAAGGAGCUGGGCAAGGUGAUGAGGAUGCUGGGCCAAAACCCCACGCCGGAGGAGCUGCAGGAGAUGAUUGAUGAGGUGGAUGAAGACGGGAGCGGCACGGUGGACUUUGACGAGUUCCUGGUCAUGAUGGUGAGAUGUAUGAAGGACGACAGCAAAGGGAAGUCCGAGGAGGAACUGGCGGAAUUGUUUCGUAUGUUUGACAAAAACGCAGAUGGCUACAUCGACUUGGACGAGUUGAAAAUGAUGCUGGAAUCAACAGGAGAAGCGAUUACUGAGGACGACAUCGAGGAACUGAUGAAAGACGGGGACAAGAACAACGACGGCAAAAUUGACUACGACGAGUUCUUGGAGUUCAUGAAAGGAGUGGAGUAAUUCAUCACAGCAGAAGCUUAUUUUUGUAUUCCUCUGUCACAUCUGGAAAACUGAAAGCUGACUUGGGAUGCAGCUUUGGAACGACUGCAAGAUUUUCUGCAUCUGACUCUUGCUUUUGUCUUUUUCCGACCAUCUCCACUUGCAUCGUUGUAAAUACAAUUUGUAACUAUAUUUUGUUCCCACGUAUCCUGAAUUUGUGUAAAUGACAUAAUCCAUUUGAAAUCUUUUUUUCUUUUGUAUGUCGGAAGUUCCUUCUCUGAGUCUCUACAGUGACUUUAAGACCAUAUUUCGUGAUGCACAUGGCAAACAUUUUUAUAUGGUUGAGGCACCCCUCAGGACUUGUUGUUUCCCUUCUCAUAGCCUUGGAAAGCACGCGUUUGACUAUGUGCUUGGAAUGUACGGUCAAGAAAUAAAUAAGAGCCAUUUGUCAGA